AUGACCGAUGACCUGAUCCUGAAGGGCCACGAUGUGACGGUCUAUCAACUGCAAGGCUUUCAUGCCCUGUGUCCAGGUGAUAACAAGACAAAAGUCAUAACCUACAAACCCACGGGCCUGGACUUUCAGAAGGAGAUGGAAAAAUGGCGGAAAUUCAUGAGGAAGGUUAUGGUAAGCAAUGCUUGGGCGAAAUCAUUCCGUGCCGUCCUACACAUGGCUGAAGGUCAAGAAAUCAUCUGUAGGACAGCGCUUGGAGACGGAGACGCUUUCCGACAGAUCAAAGAGGGAAACUUUGAUUUCGUUGUGAUGGACGGUGCCCUAUGUAACUCUUGCUACGCCGUCAUACCAUAUGUGUUAAAAAUUCCAUUCGCUAUUUACGGAGACGUUUUGCUCCACUGGCCCGGUCGACAAUCCUUCAGACCUCAUAAGGAACCAGACGUUAUAAGUCCAGUUUCAGAUAUAAUGGCUCCUGCGGAUAUGGCUUUAAAUGCCCUAAUUAUGUUUCUCAAAUACGUAUACACAAUAUAUCACGUCCCCAUGCAGCACGUGAAACGCAUUGCCCCAGAGCUUACCAGAAAGCAGACAGUGGACCUUCUGUUUGGUGCGCAAAUAUACCUGGAGAACGAUGACGCCAUCCUCGGUUAUUCACAUCCCAGGCCCCCAAAUUCUAUUUUAAUAGGAGGCAUUAUGACGAAGCCGGCCAGACCAUUACCUGCUGACGUUGAACAGUUUUUGAAUAAAGCCGAAGGAGGUGCGAUUCUUAUUGCCUUUGGGGGCUCAAGUUAUUCCCACUUUCCAGAUGAGCUGGAGGAAAUAUUUAACAAAGCAAUUUCUGAGGUAAAUAUGCCAAUUAUAUGGAAGCACAACGUUAACAAGACGGAAGGCUCCAUGAUGAAGAAGACGUGGUUGCCUGUCAACGACAUUCUGGCUCAUCCCAACACACGCAUGCUCGUUUACCACUGUGGGAAGAACGCGAUUUACGAAGCGCUUUACCACGGGGUGCCGGUUCUGUGCCUGCCAGUCAUGUACGAUCAUGUUCAGAUUGGGGCACGGGUAGCCAGACGUGGUGUGGGGAAAACGCUAGAAUUGAACUCUCUCACUUCUGACAAGUUGCGCGACGCUAUGAUUGAAAUAAUACACAACAAAAUGUACUUGGCAAACACCAUGAAGUUAUCAAAGCUUUUCCAUACUUUACAACAGAACCCCCGUCAAAAAGCGGCGUACUGGGUGGAUCAUGUGAUUAAACAUGGCGCUGAGCAUCUUUUAGCUUCAGAUGAUGCGAAUUGGGCAAUGGUACAGCUGGUAGUAGUGUCAACAAUUCUUGUGUUUGCCCUCGUCUCUCCCUUCCUGUUGUUUUGCUUCUGUCUUGUCAAACUGAAAUCUAAAGUUUUUAAAAGAGCUAAGAAAGACGUGAAAUCCGACUGA